AUAUCUGUCUCGUUCGCCCGCACGCAAUGCUCACGAUUGUAACAAACCGCACUUUGUUAAUCACCACGUGCUACUACCGCGCGCGACCGAUCCACGCGCACCACUGACGGUUGACGGGUUGGUAAGGUUGGUUCGCUCGGCGCACGUCCCACUGUCGACCAACUUCGUUAUCUCGCGCGAGCGGCGAAUGCGGUCAUCUUCAGCUUGCAGUGCUGCUUCCCGCGUCCCCACCUCGGUCGAUGACGAAUACAGGCACUAGAGUCUCUCAUGGAGCGUACGUCCCUGAUGUACGCGGAAGAGACGGACGGCGCGUGCGCGUUCGCACACACCCGUGCUUGAUCACCUUUAUUUUUGGAAGCUGCUGGAAGCGGGUAAGCGAGCGGGUGAAGCGGCUCAACGGCGACUGGCUGUCAUUACUGUGUCACUAGAGUGUCGCGGACUGUUGGCGUGUUUGGAUGUGCGUGUGUAUGCGCAUGACUCCGACCCAUCAUCACGAGCGAUGUCGACGCGAAUGGCGAUGCCGACGAUGACGAUGUUCAAGUCGAGAAUUGGCUCGACACCACUAACGAAUGGCAGUGGAAAUCUUGCCGAGACCCAAAAAUCGACAUCAGCGAACCUAUGGUCGAGGAUUCGCGUGAACGAGUGGACGUUCAGUCUGAUGCUCUUUACCUUCUCGCUCGCCAUCAUUGUGGCCAAGCUGUACCUGAAUUAUUGUGGAAAGCUUUUAUCAUGGCAAGCUGGCGAUCGAUACUCUUUGCCAUCGGUAGCAUUUACGCAAAUGUACGAAACAAUACCGAGUAUGUCCGACAUUUUAUCGAAAUUUGAUGUGAAACAAUUGCCGACGGAUAACGAAAAGCUCUUGAACACCGGCAAUCAGAACGCAGGAGCAACCCCUAAUAUGCUGAUAGCAUUUUACAGCAGAUUUGGGUGGCUGUUAAAAGCAACGAUGAGCGGACUUGUGAUAACAGGUUUCACUUGGUUUAUUCUUUACAAGGACAGCAGUAUACCCGGUAUCAACCCACCGUCUCCUUUCAGUCCUUCCAAACAGAGGAUACAUGGCAGUUCAAGGAUACAGAUAAAUUAUUUAGUUGGUGCGCUAAAUGGGAUAUUAUUUUUUAUCUACAUGUGUCUUUAACACAGUG